CUCUUUCUGAAUUUUCGCCGCCAUGUCAUCAUCAGAGCGACAGACGGACGCUUUUCUCAGCUCAAUCGAGCGGGACGCAAGAGGAGGCUCGACCCGUUCGUCCAGGCGUGACGGCGGGGAUCGAGACUAUGAUCGAGACCGCAGCUCCCGCCGCUCCUACCGAGACGACCCGGAUGUAGACCGCCAUCGCAUCGAUGACGAUCGAGAUCGCAGCAGCCGUCGCCGCCGUGCCAGGGAUGAUGAAGAUGACGACUACUACAGUAGCAGCAAGAGCUCGCGGCGCAGGCGAGACGAUCCUCCAGCGGCAGAAGACUACUACCAUAGAGGAGCAGGACGUGGCUAUUACCCUGAACAGGACGACCCUUACGCCUCUCGAAGGCGGUACGACGAUCCGUACAACGGGUACGGCGGAUAUGCAGGCGGGUACGGGGCAGGGCACGGAGGCCGUCACUACGAUGCGUACGGAGAUGGAGGGCGUGGCGGCAGCAGAGGACGAGGUAGCGGUGGUGGGGACUGGCGAACCGCAGCAGAGCCCUCCCCUGCUCGCAUGCGCAGCCCGACACCCGAGGGAACUCGCCCGAUCAGCGAGCGCAAGCGCAAGAACUCCAAGUGGGGCAUCACAGCACAAGGCUUUGAGAACAUCAGUGCGAUGGAGGCCAAGUCCACUGGGCUGUUUGGAAUCCCGGGACAGUCGAGGACGCUAGGCGUUCAGGGCCAGUCGAACAUCCCGCACACUGGCGGGCACGGGGUUGGGGGACACGGCGACCUUCCCCCCAUCCGCUUCGGUGGGGCAGAAGCACUCGCCAUGGGUGUAGCCGGCGCCUCAUCUUCAGUACCACAAGUAGGCUCGGGCAUGUCUAGCUCCAACCGUCAAUCACGUCGCCUCUACGUAGGGAACCUCCCCUACGGCGUCACAGAAGCUUCCUUUGCCCAAUUCUGGAACGAGCGUAUGCGCCAAAUGAACUUCCAACUCUCUGACCAGGGAGAACCCUGCGUAUCCACGCAAGUCAAUAGCGAAAAGGGCUAUGCGUUCGUCGAGUUUCGCUGCCCGGAGGAGGCUACAAAUGCCAUGAGCUUCGACGGAGUCAUCUAUAAUGGUCAAGCGCUCAAGAUCCGCCGGCCAAAGGACUACGCAGGGCCGGAUGUCGGCCCGCCUCCCAGCUUGCAUGUGCCGGGAGUGAUCAGCACUAAUGUCCCUGAUGGACCAAACAAGAUUUACGUUGGAGGCUUGCCUACGUAUCUGAAUGAAGAUCAGGUCAUCGAGCUGUUGAAGGCCUUCGGAGAAUUGAGGGCUUUCAAUCUCGUCAGAGAGGCAAACAAUGGCCCAUCCAAGGGCUUUGCCUUCUGCGAGUACGUCGAUCCAAGCCUGACGGACCUAGCCUGCCAAGGUCUGAACGAUAUGGAGCUCGGUGACCGCAAGCUCGUCGUCCAGCCCGCCCAAUCAGGUCAACGAGGCACCGGCCAGUCCACGGGCGGCAUGACGGGCGCAAACGCUGGCGCUCUCGGUGUGCGAUCCUUUGCUCUUCCGACCGCUGGAGAAGGUGGUGGCGAGCCGACGGCUUGCAUGACUAUGCUGAAUAUGGUAACGCCGGAGGAGCUGGUGGACGAUGUAGAGUAUGGAGAGAUCGUGGAGGACGUGAGGGACGAGUGCGCGAAGUACGGCGAGGUGUUAGAUGUCAGGAUUCCGAGGCCUGUGGCACAGAGCAAGGGUUCAUCGGCCCAGGCAUGGAAAGCUUCGAUCACGAGCGCUCCCCCACCGGCAGAGGAGGCAGGCAAGGAGCGCGAGGGUGUCGGGCGCGUGUACGUGCGCUUUGCUGAGACUUCGCAGUGCGAGUCGGCGUUGAAGGCUAUUGCUGGCCGUCAAUUCGGUGGGCGACUGGUCAUCUGUGCCUUCUUGAGCCCGAAUGACUGGCCAGGAGAGGAGGACGGAGGAGAGAACGCGGAAGCCACUCAGCAGCAGCAGGCCCAGCCGGCGAGCGCUGCGUGAGCGAGGUGAUGAGCAGACGGUGAGCAGGCGGUGAGUAGCCAUCUGAGGGCUGCUGAGGCGUUAAAGGAAGUAGCUUGGAUCUCGUUGAAUAAUUCAACUUCGUUGCAACUGCC